AUACUGCAGUAUUAGGCGCUGGAUGUCAAAUGGGAAGCUGGUUUGGGCCAGCUGGGAAAGGACAAGGUGCCGAGGUUCUGGGACUGCUGGUAUGGACACUUAUUGCUGGAACCGAAUACUUCCGGGUCCCUGCUUUCGGCUGGGUCAUGUUUGUAGCCGUAUUUUACUGGGUCCUCACCGUUUUCUUCCUCGUCAUCUACAUAACAAUGACCUACACCAGGAUCCCUCAGGUGCCCUGGACAACAGUGGGCCUGUGCUUUAAUGGCAGUGCCUUCGUCCUGUACCUCUCGGCCGCUGUGGUGGACGCAUCUUCUGUCUCCCCAGAGAGGGACAGCCACAACUUCAACAGUUGGGCGGCCUCGUCGUUCUUCGCCUUCCUGGUCACCAUCUGCUAUGCUGGGAACACAUAUUUCAGCUUUAUAGCUUGGAGAUCCAGGACCAUCCAGUGAUUUGCCAUUUUGAGAAUGAAAAGGGAGGGGGAAAACACAAAGAAUUGCCUUGUAAAAACGAAAACAAAAACCCCCCAACAAACUGUGGGUAUGAUGUAUAUUUCCAGAGACUUGUAUUUAACUAAUGGUUUUGUAUACUUAGUUAAAUUUGCUCGCAGUGGUUUGUUACCAUUAAACUGGACACUUCCUUGCAAAUCCCUGUAGCUUAUAAUGAACUCUGAAAUAUCUUGCAGGUGUCUUCAUAGACCUUAUUUUCUUAGACAACGUAUAAAUAGAUAAGUUGCUCCUCUUAAGACUGUGUCAAGUUUGUAAACCUAACUCUUCUAAUGCCAGAAUCUUUUCUGAUUAAAUGUUUCAAAAUCCCCGG